UAUAUAUAUACAACAUGGAGCCGAACACUACAACAAAAGGGAAAGGGAAAUAUUUUAAAGUUGACAUAAAUGAAGCAAGCGUCUUAGAUAUCUUCAGCAUUUAUUUUUCUAAGAAAAUAGUAAGAGGCACAAGGGAGCGUAAUAUCAUAAGCUUCCACCCCAAUGUCAAUAAGAAGAUCCUUGAGCGUCCAGGAAUCCUUUCUGCUUCUGUGCUGGUGCAGCUGUGCUUUAAACUCAUUGAACAACUCUUUUCAGGAGUUGGCAGCAGAUUUGAGGAUUUGAUCAACAUUAUGUUCAAUGAUAACAUCUUUACACAGCUCUUGAUAAACAAAUUACAAGGGAAAUUACCGGUGCUAGAUAAAGAAUCGGAAAGCUACGUGUCUGCUAUUGGAUGUCUUGACAAACGAGUCGAUUUAGACAUCAACCCUGAUAAUAGCAAGUAUUUUCCAUUGCUAUCAGCAUUGGCCUCAAAGGUAGUUUAUGAAAACAAAAAUUUUGUCAAGGCAGCUGUCGAAGGUCAAUGGAAGAUGGAGUUAUUGGGCUCAUAUGAUUUUUACAAUGAUGAUCAUGGGUCAAACACUACCCAAGCCAUGAUAUUUCAUGACAAACAUGCGAACCCCGACAGGAUAAUAGUGGCUUUUAGAGGCACUGAGCCCUUUGAUGCAAAUGCAUGGUGUACUGACUUUGAUAUCUCCUGGCUUAGCUUCCCCGAGUUUGGCAAAAUCCACUAUGGUUUCAUGAAAGCUCUGGGCUUGCAGGAGGGCGACUCCUGGCCACAACAUAUCGACAACGACGAUAAUCCACACUGUCAGUCCAUGAUAGAAAAGCUGUCAAGCUUAUGUUGCGGCAAGGACGAGCAGCCCUUGCCAGAAAUUGUCCAAGCCAAGGAAGGCCAAAACUUAUAUGCUUAUUACACAAUAAGAAAAGUGCUUAGGAAAAUGUUGAACAAGAACACCAAGACCAAAUUCAUAGUCACUGGCCACAGUCUUGGUGGAGCAUUAGCGGUUCUAUUCCCAGCAGUGUUGGCAUUCCACAAUGAAGAUUCGAUACUGGAGAAGUUAGAGGCUGUAUAUACUUUUGGACAACCCCGGGUGGGAAAUUCUUCUUUCGGGCGCUACAUGAAGAAGAAAUUUAAGGAGUUUGGCGUCACGUACAACAGAUAUGUCUACAAUAAUGAUAUUGUGCCCAGGGUUCCUCUUGAUAACUCUGUGUUGAUGUUCAGGCACUUUGGUAACUGCUUCCUUUAUGACAGCCAUUAUUUUUAUAAGGAAAUUACAGGACACCUGCACGAACAUUACUUCAUGCGGUUGCUGUUUACAUAUAUGAAAAUGUCAUGGGAUGCGUUUCGGAAGAUGGCGGAAGGCUUGAGGAGGCCCAAGAGGGAAAGUUUGCCUCUGCUGGUGAUCAGGUUCGCCGCAAUCUGGUUCCCGUGGUCUGCUUUUGUUGAUCAUAAUCCUCAAGAUUACAUUAAUUCAGUAAGAUUCGGGCGAGUGCGGCCCGGUGAAGAAAACUAACACCGUAACACAGACAGCAGACCGAUUCUACUCCCCGAUCACCAUGUGUAUCUGAAUAAACAAAUAACACAAUCAAAUAAAACGGAAAGAUUGGAAAUA